AGAUUGACAGCGGCAGCGGCAGCAGCAAGGAGAGAAACAGACUCUCUCUCCUCACUAAAUCCCAAAUCCUGCUCUUAUCAUCCUGUUUUCCUGCCUCCCUUCUGCUGCUGCUGCCUCCUGCUCUCCAAAGCUCCCACACACAUACACCCAGCCCAAGAGGAGAGAGAGAGUGAGUGAGAGAGAGAAGCCAGCAGCAGCGAAGGCUUUUGCCUCCCUCCCCCCCGCCGCCGUCCCCCCUGCUAAAAUGUGAUGUCCAAUCCAUCAGAUUGCUUCUAGUUCAGUCCCCCACUCCUCUCCUGGUUAUGGGAUCCGGCGAGCUGGAUGGACGCGCAUUGGAGCAGCACCAGUAGCGGGGGCGAAGCUGCAGCCGGGGGAUCUGGAUCCGAGGCACCACCACCGGGGCCCUCACGGAGGCGACGGCGCAGGAGGAAGAGGAGGUGGAGGUGGAGGUGGCGGCGGCGGGCAGCAGGAGGCUGCAAAUGAGGAGCAGCAGCAGCAGCAACAACAGCACCACCACUACCGGCUGCUGCAGCUGCACCAAGAAGUGCAGCAGGACCAAGAGCCUCCGCCCGCCCCCGUCUUCCAGCUCUCGCACCUGCAGGCCGCGUCCGUGAGGCAGCCGGGCUCGUCCGCCGAGUAUGCCCUUCUCGCGCCCAUGGGCGACGCCGGCCAGUCCCACCAUCACCACGGCCUCCACACGCAGCUCCUGUCUUUCGGAGGCGCCGACCAUCACAUGCAUCAGUUCACGGCGCAGGCACAGCCGCCCGCGGCGUCCCAGACGCGGGCGCGAGGAGGACGAGGCGGCGAGAUGGUGCCGGCGGCGACGCCCGCGCGGGUGAGGGGCGGCGGAGGCGGGGAGAUCGUGGCGGUGCAGGGAGGGCACAUUGUGCGCUCCACCGGGCGGAAGGACCGGCACAGUAAGGUCUGCACGGCGCGCGGGCCUCGCGACCGCCGCGUGCGGCUGUCGGCACACACGGCCAUCCAGUUCUACGACGUGCAAGACCGGCUGGGCUACGACCGCCCCAGCAAGGCCGUCGAUUGGCUCAUCAAGAACGCCAAGGACGCCAUCGACAACCUCGACACCCUUCCCGCUUGGCAGCCCACGGCCGUCGCCCCCUCCGCCAGCAAUGCCGCCGCGCCGCCGUCCUCCUCCACCCAACCUGACUCCGCCGACAACUCGGACGACCAGGCGCAGGCCAUCACCAUCGCGCACUCGUCGUUCGACUUCGCCGGCUCUGGCGGCGCCGGAGGAGCCACGGGCGGCAUCAGCUUCCUCCCGCCGUCGCUCGACUCGGACUCCAUCGCCGACACGAUCAAGUCCUUCUUCCCCAUGGGCGGGACCGCGGGCGGGGAGCCGUCGUCGUCCACUGUGGCUGCCCACUCGUCGGCCAUGGGUUUUCAAGGCUACACACCGGACCUCUUGUCGCGAACCGGCAGCCAGAGCCAAGAACUCCGGCUGUCACUGCAGCCUCUACCAGACCCUAUGUUUCACCACCACCACCACCAGCAGCAGCAGCAGCAGGAGCAGCACCGGUCGCAUGGCCACGACGGCAACGGCACCGGCCAGCAGGCACUAUUCCCCGGUGCGGCCAGCUACUCAUUCGGCGGUGGCGGCGCCAUGUGGGGCGAGCAGGCGGCGAGCCAGCGCAUGAUGCCGUGGAACGUGGCCGACCCAGGCGGCGGGAGCACCGGCGGCUACCUGUUCAACGUGUCGCAGCAGGCGGCGCAUAUGCAGGCGGCGCUGAGCGGCCAGAGCCAGUUCUUCUUCCAGAGGGGACCCCUUCAGUCCAGUAACCAGCCCUCCGACCGAGGAUGGCCGGAGACCGUCGAAGCUGACGACAACCACCCGAUGCAGCAGCAGCAGCAGCAGCACCAAGGGGGCUUGAACCCCUCCGUGUCGGCCAUCGGGUUCGGCCCCGGCGUCAGCUUCUCCGGAUUCCGCGUCCCCGCGAGGAUGCAGGGCAACGAGGAGCACAACGGCGGCAAUGGCGACAAGCCGCCGUCCGUCUCCUCGGCUUCCCACCACUGACAGCAGCAGUGGACGACAGAUGACUUCACCACCAACCAACCUCCACAGUGUACCAGUAACGACAUGAGCCAGCCAUCAGCUCCUCCACUUGCAUCACUGCCGGCGCUAGUUUGAUUCCACUUCUUCACACAGUAGGAGCGGGCGAUUGCAAGUAGCUAGGAGGAGCAAAAUCUUCACACGAGUCGGCGAUUGCAACUCUACGUUUGGUUGGUUGGUCGAUUGGGUUUCCAUCUCUUGUGCUGCGCGUGUCAUUGGUUUUUGCUUCAAGAUCACUCGGAGCUUCUUAGGCUUUGUGAGAGUGCAGCGACAUAGCUAGCUGGUUAGCCAGCCAGCCAGCCUCUGUGUUGCGUUGCAUUAGGUGUAGUUGAUGCUGUAGGUCACGCUUAAUUUGCUUUCUUUCUUUCACUUGUUGAUGUAUGCAUGGAUGCUUUGCUUCGCCCUGUGGGUUCAGGACCCGGGAGAAGCAACGGUGCUACUACCUUAGAUGUUGUUGUUGUCAAACUUAUAAAUGGAUGAUGGAUGGGGAGAGGAGUCUAUCACUCCAUCUCCAUCUUUCCAUCCUUUUUGGUCA